AUGUCCGUCCCGACCAUUUCCCUGCACGACUUUGCGGCGCGCCGCGCCGAGAUCACCGAAGAGCUGAUGCGUGCCUCGACCGAGGUCGGCUUCUUCACGCUCAGCAACCACGGUAUUCCUCAAGAGGAUGUUGAUGCGAUGUUCGCCCUCUCGAAGCGCUUCUUCGCGCUGCCCGACGAGGUUAAGGCCAAGACCCCGCUCAACGGAAAGAACGCUGGCUGGGAGAAGAACACCCAGGUCCGGCCGAGCACCGGUACCGCCGACCAGAAGGAGAGCCUUCAGCUUCAGUUUGCGCGCAUGGAAGGCCUUUGGCCGGCUGAUGAGGACAUUGAAGGCUUCAAGACGAAGGCUGAGGCGUUUAUGGAGCAGAUCCGCGAGUGA